CUGUUAGGUAAAUAAUCAUUUGAUCAUCGCGGUGUGUGGAGGAGGGCCUAUAAACCAUGGACUCAGACCUGGAUUACGCGGACGGAGUGGAACUGGAGGAGGGGGAGUACGAGUACAGCAAGGAGCGCGAGCCGGAGGACUAUGACUACGACACGGAGGAGCUGCAGUUCAACGACGACGGUCUGACGCUUCAGGAGACGGUCGACCACUGCGUAGUGCCGACCGCCAACGACGCCAUCGCACAUGUCGGCAAACUGCUCUUCUGGUGCUUUGUCCUGCGCAUCGUUGUUGCACUAUGCUGCGGCCGCGCGCCCCGCGUCGCCCACCUGGCCUCUGCGCUGAUCGGCUGUCUGGUGCUGCACCACUUUUUCGCCGAGCUGGCCGCCUCGUUCGUGGUGCACGCGGCGCUCUCGUACGUGGCGCUGGCAGCCAGCUCUCGACUGCUGCCGGCCGCCACGGCGCCGCUCAGCCUGCUCGUCUCGCUCACCUUCGUGUUCGCCUGUGAGAUGUGGUAUUUCACGGCCGACAAGUGGCACACUGUGCGCGGCGGACAGAUGAUCCUCGUGAUGAAGACGGUCUCGGUGGGUCUGGACCUGUCGGGCGCGGUGGUCGGCGGCGGCCCGGUCGCGCCCGGCGCCCCGGGCAGCCGGCCGGCGCCCGGGCCGCUCCAGUACGCCGGCUAUCUGCUGCACCCGGGCACCACUGUGUUCGGACCGUGGAUCGCGCUCGACGACUACAUGCUCUCAAUGGAGAGCCGGCCACUGGAGCUGCUGAGUGUACGCUGGAUGGUGACAUCGGUCGGCAGUCUGGUGGCCGGUCUGCUCUUCAUGAGCAUCUCGACGUGCUGGCUCAACUAUCUGCUGCCCGACCGGACCGUGCUCAUCACCGUAUGGAUCGUGGCGUACCGGGAGGCCCUGGCGUUCCGCUGCAGCCACUACUUUGUCUCGUUCGUCUCCCAGGCGGCGGCCACCAUAUCGGGCAUCAGCGGCGCAGUCUGGUCUCCCGGAGGUGAACUGCUAGUUAGCCGGCCGACCGCCAUUGAGGCGCCACGGUCGCUGGUCGAAGUGGUUGUCAACUGGAAUCUGCCCAUGCACUACUGGCUCAAAACAUACGUGUUCCGCGUGGCGCGGCCGGCCGGCGUCUGGGUGGCCGUGCUGUGCACCUAUGUGGCCAGCGCGGUGCUGCACGGCGCCAACUUCCAGCUGUCGGCCGUGCUGCUCUCGCUGGGCCUGUACACGUUCGCCGAGGACCGGCUGCGCACCCAGCUGGCCGACGCGCUGGGCGGCUGCGUGCAGGCGCGCCGGUGCGUCCAGCCGUGCCGCCGCCACCGGCUGGGCGCGGCGCUGUGGUCGGUGCGCCUGCUGAACGCCGGCCUGGCGCUGCUGGCCGCCUGGCACCUGGCCUACCUGGGCAUGGUGUUCGACGGCUCGCCGACCGGCUCGGCCGGCUACAGCUGGCGCCACACGCUCGGCAAGUGGGCGCUGCUCGGCUACAGCAGCCACUGGGUGGCGCUCGGCACGCUGGUCGUCACCUGGCUGCUCUGAGCGGCGUCCGGGACCGGCGCCCGCGCCGCCGCCGACACAGGUCAGCAGGGGCGCCGGCCGCUCAGUCCGGCCCGGUCAGAGGGGAUGGAGACCGGCAGAGAGGGACGCCGGUCCGUCCUUCAUAUCGCUACUUUAAACAUAAUUCGUAUUUAAGAUGCGUCUGGCGAUUGCGAGAUACUAGAUGUUUGGUAUGGUCAAACUAGAACCCGGUCAGCUGGCAGAACGCGUGAGGUGAUUCAGCCCAACCGAUCUUCAUGGGAGACUCCUGAAUGACUAGGUUUGCUGCUAUAAUGACUCGAAUCUCCCCGUUCAACGGUCUCAGUGUCAGAUCUGAUCAUUUGGAGCUGCUGAUCACGCUGUGUGUCUGUGUUGACUGCCAGUUUGUCUCUCGGCUGAGUGGGCGGCCGUCACCCGGUGGGUUUGUGGGACAGUGACUGCUGUCCAUCAGUGCCGUACCGGCGGGCCGUGUGCUCCGUAUCAGUGUCCGGGGAGGAGCCGAGCGGAGUCUGUCAGUGUGUCCAGUGUCGCUGUGGGAAGCCGGUGGCGGGGUCUACGUGUCAGCUGUCCGGGAUCGGUACUAUAGGCAUUAUUUCGACUUUCUUAGGAUCCCAGCGUCUAUGUGUAUUCAGUGUUGCUUUCUGUUGCAUGCCAUGUUUCCUUAGAAGAUUCAUCGUUGCUAGUACGGUUUAUUUGGAUCACAAAUAUCAUGUGCAUCGUGUGUAUCUAUGUUACAGGUUUUAACGUAACAUUGCGACGUUUUGAGACGUGCAGCUAUUUUAGAUAUCGAUCUCAUAAGAUUCGCGUAGUGUAGUAAAUCCGGCUUAUCGGUACUCCCUAUGCAUUUAUCCCAGUUUAGGGGAUUAAGCUGCAAAAGUUAUUCUGUCCCACGGUUUCGCUAGGCCUUGGUGCAACUUUCUGUAGUUCUUUGCUACUACCGGCCGGGAUGCAUGUGGAAAUAUGUUUGAUCGACAUCCGCCUUUUCCGUAUACCGCAUUGAAGGUGUAGUCUUUUUGAAAUUGGGCAUUUUUUAUUUGUUUAUCCGCUUAAUUUGCUGUUAUGUUAUUCGCACGUAGGUAGCAUUUCUUGCUAUAACCCUGCACUCAUGUAUUCGAUCUCUAACAUUUGAUUUGGUCGGUUUUACGCCACCUUUACCCCGGCCAGACUCCGAGGUUCGGGAAAUACUUAGCUAACCCAGAUGCCAGUUCCUUUUUCAUAGUUACGAUGAUUUAACAGCCAGUUAUAGUAGUCUUGCCAUAACAUGUUUUUGUGUGGAAUCCAAGUAAUCUCUACGAAAGCGCACACGAACCGUCUUUCUACUCGUUGCUCAUUUAAGCCAUGCUUACGCACUGAAGUGCAUCCAUCAGGGUCAAGAUGGAGGUUAGAGUACUGAAAAAAAUGAGAAUGGCAUGAAAAUUAGAGAGAAAGUUUGGCAACAGCGUGCUUUGUGCUGCCUCGAUUGAUAACAUAUCAAUUCAGGAGAAGUUCUAUUUUUGGUAGCCUACCAGUACCGACAUAAUACAUAUCUACGCUGUUUAUAGCGUGUCGUGUUAUAACGUGUGUUGUGGGUCUACGCAUCAAAAUCCGCAUCUGCCUGUGUCUAUAUUGCUACUUUACCUCAGUGCGAACCAAUAGCCGUUGCUCUCACAAAUCGUGAUGUAGGUUUGAUGUAGCGCCUGGCUGUUCGUCAUCUGUAGGAGUGCAUUCACUGAUAAUGUCCCUAUUAGGAAAGUGCCUGAUUUACCAUGAGGAUCCUCUUUUGCCGAUUAUCUCAUCGCUGCACUCGUCCAUAUCACCUCUAUUGAAUGUCGCCUUCGUGUGUGUUUUGUGUUCGAUCUGUGUGACCUAGUGCAGCCUAGUGUCGUCUCCUUUGAAUCUCGCUGUGCGUCGCUGUGCCAAACCGGCUGUUUUGCCCCGCUGUGCUGUCUGUGAUAUACGUAGAACUUCUGUGCUGCAUGGUGGUGGGUUGUGGCUUUGUCCUAGCUUUUCCUAGCGCUAUUGCUGACAUGUCUCCGUGAAACGGGAAGGGAAUUUUGCAGUCUGAGAGCCAGUUUCGGCCGGCUGAGAAUGGAUGGGAGGUGUGAAAAUUGUUUAGACGGCGGCAUUUGAUGCCUAGGAUUGGAAGCCGUGUUGUUCUGAUGGUGGGUGUGUAAAUGUGUCCUGGGAGGACAGGAGUAUCCGUUAUCAAAAGACGUUCAAUACAAGGUCCUAAGUUG